AUGGUCGAUUUCUUGGAUGAGGCGUAUAAGAAAAGCAUUAGCAAUGAGAUUAGAGAGAAGAGGCGGGAAAAGAAGCAGAGAGAUCAAGAGGCACUCGUAAUUUCUCAGAAUGUGACUAAAAUUUCUGAGCAAGACGAGCAAGAAUUAUCACAAUCUUAUGAGGCCAGUUCUGAGAACAUAAGAUCAGCAUCUUGCAUCUUAUCAAAGCAACCGCAAGUUAAUGCAUCCAAAUUAGCAUGUAAUCUUGAAAACCGUGAAGAUUCUUCACGAUUGGAGUCAUGUGAUGUGGAGGAACUUAAAUCCGAUCAGUAUGAUGAAGUUAUUGCCAAGUUGGAUAAAAAUAUAAUUGUGGAACAGGAGUUAAAGCAACAGUUAUCGUCACCUGCACAUACAACUACGUUGGAUCAAACUUUAGAAGGACAGGAUCCAUCUUCAGAUACCGCACAAAAUAUAGUUUGCAUGUUCAGGAAAGCUAAUAAGCUUGGUCAAGAAGCAAUUUUAUACUGGUACUACUUUAUAGAAAAAUAUGACGAAAGGAUUGAUAACCUUGUUGCCGGUGGAGUUAAGAAAAAAACUGCAACAUUUCACUGGUCAGAAUAG